AUGUGCGGACUCCCUCCGUCAUACUUGCAAGCAUCCGACACCAGCAACAUUCGACUUGACCUGGCAGGAGUGGGUCAAUGCGCAUCGCCACUCCAAUCUUUGUGGGUGUUUGCCAACGUUUUGUACCAAUUGCAGGACAAAGGACUGGUUCAACAGGUGGAACAUCCCAGGCAUUCCCUAGCACAGUUUUGUCGAAUUCUGCUGAAGGAAAGGGAUGAAAUUUGGCCACAUGCUGACACGAAAUACAACCGGAUUUUCCAACAUGAAAUUAACAGCAUUGAUCAUCCUUUUUGCUUUCCAAGUGUUGAGGAGUUGGAUAACAUGGAAUUCAGGCCGAAAGGUGCAGGUGAAGCAAAGUUGGGCGCCCGAGCGUGUACAAAGAUUCCCCGUGCCGGUUGUACAGCAAACACCGAACAGGAUCCAAAACCCAACAACCUGAUUGGAACCUACGAGACAUCCGUUCAUGGAGCAUCUGCACCAGACAGCGGGCCGUGUACAAAGUUCCCAAGGGAUGCAUCCGAAUACCCUAGGAAUGUUGGAAUCCCAGAAGACAGACUUGCAGCCGAAGGGACGACAAACACAGAUCGAAUCUCUCCGACCGUAGUGGCGCCCAUACCCGAUGCAUCCGACCAUGCCAUCAUCUCCAAAUGCACAGGACAUCCGAAUCCCGACCGCAUCCGAUGUACAGAAGCAUCCAGGGUUGCAUCCGAUCGGUGUACAGAUCACAUCAUCUCCAAAGACGCCGGACAUCCGAAUCCCGACCGCAUCCGAUGUACAGAAGCAUCCAGGGUUACAUCCGAUCGGUGUACAGACCACAUCAUCUCCAAAGACACAGGACAUCUGAAUCCUGACAGCAUCCGAUGUACAGAAGCAUUCAGUGUCGCAUCCGAGCGGUGUACAGAUCACAUCAUCUCCGAAGGCACAGGACAUCCAAAUCUCGACUGCAUCCGAUGUCCAGAAUCAUCCAGGGUUGCAUCCGAGCGGUGUACAGAUCAGAUCAUCUCCGAAGGCACAAGACAUCCGAAUCCCGACAAAAACCGAUGUACAGAAGCAUCCAGGGUUGCAUCCGAUCGGUGUACAGAUCACAUCAUCUCCAAAGACACCGGACAUCCGAAUCCCGACCGCAUCCGAUAUGAAGAAGCAUCCAGGGUUACAUCCGAUCGGUGUACAGACCACAUCAUCUCCAAAGACACCGGACAUCCGAAUCCCGACCGCAUCCGAUGUACAGAAGCAUCCAGGGUUGCAUCCGAUCGGUGUACAGAUCACAUCAUCUCCAAAGACGCCGGACAUCCGAAUCCCGACAGCAUCCGAUGUACAGAAGCAUCCAGGGUCGCAUCCGAUCGGUGUACAGAUCACAUCAUCUCCGAAGGCACAGGACAUCCGAAUCCCGACAAAAUCCGAGGUACAGAAGCAUCCAGGGUUGCAUCCGAUCGGUGUACAGAUCAACAGAUGACAUCCGUUGCAUCCGGCCUGCAAAAUGCAUCCGUUCGCCGAGAAACCAAGCAUGCAUCAGAUGCCUUUGCUGACCUAGGUGUUGAUUCACGUGAAGCCCAACAUGGCAAUGUCAGAAGUGACAUGGAUGAAAGGCAGCCUCUUUCUGGUCCAUCAGUUUCCACAACAAAAGCCAAGAUGAAUGACAGGAUUGCCAAAGGCAAAGGUGGAUACAUACUAGCGAGCAUUGCCCCUCAUGACCAAUCCUUGCCGACAAGCAUCAACCCGGUGAAAGAAGCCUCGCAAGCAAUGCAAAUUACAGCCUUUUCCACCAAUGGAGGGGUUACAGGCUUUGAAACCAGCAAAGCACCUGAUUCACCGCCAUCACUCAAGCGACCGGUAGAAGAGAGUGCAAGCAACAGCACAAAAAGAGCCAAGCUUGACAAUCCAAAUGCACCAGACCGAGUGCACCAAGACGGAGAACACCACCAAAAUGAGCAUCAACAAAUAUCCAUGCAACAGGUCGAGCCUCCUGAGUCACAAAUUGCCAACACCAAGACUUGCUGGAUUGCUCAUGAGAACGAAACCAUGUUUCCCAUUGCCGUUUCAAUUGAGUCCACCAUUGGUCAAGUAGUUUGCGCAGAAGCAAAAUUCCAGCACCUCUGGAAUCAUGGCGAUCACCCUUUCAAACCAGUUAAUGGGGUGGGGUUCCAAUUGUCAGUGUCCGAGAUCAUGCCAGACCAUCAACUCCUAAUUGUUCAGCAUGGACAUAACAUUGGAGACCCAAAGGGCCAACCAUGCCUGGAUGGAAUGAAACGUUCCCAAGCCCUUUGGCAUCAGAAAGGAUGGGUUGCGAUGGAUGAAAUGAUCUUUUACCUUCAGACAAUACAUGUUUCAGGGACAGCAGUCACCACCAGCCCUUUGGACUUGAGGCAAGAAACAGAAAACCCAAGAAUCUUGGCAGAUUGGAUCCUCACGGCCGUUGAGAGCGCGCAGGAGUCCAAACAAAUGAAACUCAUGACUGCGGGUUUGUUCAAAGAUCACUGGUUUCCAAUCAUGGUUGAAGUAGUCAAUGACAAUUUCACCAUCACAACAACAUAUGAUAUGACGCCGGCAGUAACAGCAUGGAUCAAGGCUGAGAUGCUGGAAGAAUAUCAGCAGGCAAGUGGAACACACAUGCCCCAUGCGUUUGCCAAUGAUUGUGGAUUUCAGACCAUUGCAUGGAUCAUCAACCAAGCAUUGGAUCCGGACAGCAACCGUGCAAUCUCUCCCGAUGAAGCUGAGUCAUGGAGAAAGAAUUUUGCUCACCAUCUGGUCUUGUCAGGAGCACAUGAUCCACCAGUAUAUGCUUUGCCGCUUGGAGGAACAUCUGACCAGCACUUGCCAGCACUACGAGAACUCCUCGAAAAGCACGGAGUGAAUAGCAACAGGUCAUCACAAGCUGCACAAGCUUUGACGCAAAAGCUGGGAGCCGAUGUGAUCCAACGCACAUUACAAUCACCAAAGCCAUGGCAGGACUUGAAAGCAAGAGCAUCACAGUUGAAGCCUCCUUUUCGAAUUGUCUUGAGUGAAGAACUUCAAGCCAGUAUCGACAGCAAAAUCGCAUCGGGACAAGCCGUUGGCAGAAAGCAACACAAAGCAAAACAAUCCAAGCCGCAGGAACCCCAGCGCCUCAUUGCCGAUCAGGUCCAGAUCCCCAACACGAUCUUCCAGCAAGCCGAUGGAGUCCUUUUGCAACAGAUUUCCCCUAGCCAAUUCAAAGCCCAAUGCAAAGGGAUCGCGUGUGUAUCCUUUGAUGAUGCUACACCCUUCCUGCAGUUGAAAGUGCCACUCACACAGGAAGGCCUAGGUUUGAUUGUGCUUGACCAUGAUGAUCCUCGCCUGCCAUCGCAUGAUUUGGUACGUUUCCCAGCCACCUGCAAACCUACGGGUGAACCAAUGUUGGUCAUGGGAGCUCUUUUCCAGCUAGGCCAGAAACGAGUUCACAGAGCAACACCACAAUCCGCAACCAAGAUUGAGGAAGUGGAAACACGUGUCAUCCGUGCACUGGUGUUUCAGGAUCAGACCAAACUCAAAUGGACCGAUAUCACGGACAAGCCGGUGCGAACUUUGUUUGCUGAAAGUGAGUUCACCGCAAAUCCCGAUUCCAUCGUUGACGUUUGGGACCGCCAGUAUGUGACAAAACAGUACAAACGAUGCAAACCAGAGGAAGCAGAGAUCUUCAUUGUCACUUUCCGUGUCAAGUGUCCUGCCCAUGAAGUCAUCCUAGACGCCAGCGGUCAAGCAGGGAAGUACUUUGAACCGCGUGAUCAUACGGGUAGGUCCCCAGACACAUCCUACAAAGUAAUCUGGAUGCCACGCAAAAAUUUCCAGGAUGUCAUGCUUGCCAAACAAACCAGUUUGCACCCAACUUGGUUAGUUCGCAGCGGGGAUCGUUUUGGACUGAGAACCCAUUGUGAAUUUGCAAAGGAUAUCCAUGAACAACACCGCCCAGACGUGGAUUACAUGGCAGGAGAACAGAUGACCACAUACCGUGUUGGACCACUGCCUUUUGGUACCACCAAGAGCUCUCUACAGAAGCUCUACAAGGAGUGGGGGUGGACAGCACGCCCCGGCCAACCUCUGGGACAAAGUAUUGGGCAGGAAGGUGUCUUCUGGUCAACCCAAUCCAGUGAAAACCCUUCCCACUGGGUAUACUCCCUGGAACAAGGAGAUAUUUUGAUCUCACCGAUCAAACCGCACAAAACUCAGGCCAACAAAUUUCCCAGCCAAGGUUUGGUAGCGUCCAGACGGACCAUCCAAUCAAUGACACAGGUACCAGAAACAGACAAGAGCAAACCUGCCACAGAUCCAUGGCUGCAAGCCGACCCGUGGAGUCAAGGAAGUGGUUUUCCUCAUGCCUUGACACCUGCCCAAUCUGCCGCCAUCGAAGCAUCCGUUGCCAAACAUGUCACCGCAAACAUGAAGUCCCACAAAACCGGGGAUGUGGAUAUGGAAGGGGUGAAUGAUCAGAGGGUUGAUGAGUUGGAAACGAAAGUCCAAACACUGCAGCAUAAUGUGAACCAACUGACAUCCAACCUGAAUGCCUUCCAAUCCCAACAACAACAGCACAAUGGACAGAUGAGCUCCCAGAUUGUUGCGGUGAAGAACCAAGUGGAUGCACAGCAGUCCAGCCUUCAAAAAAUGCUGGAGUCAAAGAUGGAUGAUCAGAUGAGCAGGAUUGGUGAAGCUUUGAACCCCGGCCCUGUUCAACCAGAGCUUAUCCUAGGAGGGGUCUUCUAUGGAUACGCACAACAAGCCGCCACACAGGAAGGAGACCUGGAGGAGCUCUUCCGGAGAUUCGGUGAUGAGUGGCGGAAACGUUGGGACCGACAUGUGGAGAUGCCAGUUGACUAUUGGGAUCCAGUUGUAGCACACUUCACUAAGAACACACCACGAGGAAAUGCCUCAACGGCACCUUUUUCACUGCUGACCAUCAAAAAUAUCGGGAUGCAGAUGAAAGUACAGAUUGCCCUUUUUGCCAUAACGCAGACAGCCAAUUUCACAGACAUUGGGAAUGCCCAAGCCUGGAAGAUGCCAGAAAAUCUAUGCCUGAACACCACCGCCAACUGGCCAUGCAGUCGCACCCUGCAUCCGGGGCUGCAAGAACGAGAGAACUGGUGGCGAUACCGUGCCAGUUGUACUUCACAGAUUCGCACUGCCCGGGCCGUCACUGAAGAGAUCGGUGAAGGGAGGGCAAGACAAUCCGGGAUUCUAAGUUGGUCCCAAAUUCCUUUGGAUCAUUCUGAAAGGGGUGUGCACCAAGUCAUUUCCAAGCAAGGGAGUGCAUUGGAUGUCCCUGUCAGUGAUAUGACGGUCCAGGGCCAAACAGUUCCAUGGAUAUCGCCAAAGGAUUGGUUUCAGUUUAUCCUGCGUCAGGGUGUUUGGCAUCAUCUAGCUGGAGUCAGGGCGGAUGAAAUGCAUUUGGCAGGGCCGCUGUGGAAAACAUUUUGGUCGAAUUAUCAAAAGCUUUAUCCACACUUUGAGUUGUUUUCGAAACCUGGGGUGGACUAUAGUCGCACAGUUGCUUGCUACCUACACGGUGACGAGGGUCGAACUCUCAAGAAGUCUGGCUUAAUGGUGACCUCUAUCCAAUCUGCCUUGGGAUACGGGUUCAGCCCCAAAAGACAAAAACUCUCUGCGGAUGGUUUGCCAACGCCUCUGGUGAACUACGCAGGCCACACCUUUGGUUCCAGACUGGUAUCUUUUGUUAUUCCCAAGUCGUUGUACGAAAGCAACAAUGCAGUUUUUCAUGAUGCUAUGGAGGUUUUGGCAAAAGAACUUCGGGAACUUUAUGAUCAUGGAGUGGUGAACCCUUAUACUGGAGAGCGGUUUUGGGUAGCAAUCAUCGGCCUGAAGGGUGACCUACCUUAUCUAGCAAAAGCUGGAGGGUUGAACCGUACCUUCAACACUGCCACAAAGCGAACUGCAAAGGAUCCAGCAAAGAGAAAAAAACCAAGUGGUAUUUGCAAAUGGAUACCUUCCUUGAUUGAUACUUUGGCGCCUGAUGCGGCUGGUCGUUUGGUGCUUGCGAAGCGCGGCGUUGAGAAGCUGAAUCAAAUGUUUACGAUGCUUUAUGGCUCAACAUCAUUUCUCACGCGUGAAGAAAGUUUCUAUGUGGCUGACUGUGGCCUUGUUUUUUUGGACUCGUAUGCGAGACUUGCAAGGUCUGCUUACGAUGCGGGGAUGCCACUUUUGUAUCCGCUGUAUCCCAAGCUACAUUACAUGCACCAUCUACUUUUGGAGAUUGAAUGGUCUGCCCGUGAGCACAACAUGGCAUUCAACGUAAUGACUUGUGGAUGCCAACAAGAUGAGGACUUGGUGGGAAGAGUCUCUAGACUUUCCAGACGCGUUUCGAUCAGAACUGUAAUGACCCGCACUUUGUCUCGAUAUUUAGCAGCGGCUCUCAUUGAAUGGAGGGAAGCUGGACUGCUUAGGUGA